AUGAGCGAAAGUGAAAUUCCAUCUCUGGUCUCCUUGUGCAUAGAGGCAGUAAAAAACGAGCUGGUUCGCGGCGAUGAUCUUUUACCGAUUAUCAAGGAGCUUCCAUGGAACUUGGUCGAUAUUCUAGCUUCGAGAUUGCCUCCAUUGGCUUUAGAAAAGUUGCAGACCGCAGUGCCUUUUGACGAUCGAGAUGACCAUGAUUUCGCCGAUGAAGGCCUUAGAAAUGGUAGAAAGCGUGGAAGGAGUUGGAAUUUCAGUACGGCAUGGAAAAAUUUAGUUAAGUCGCGGUGGCCUAAUCUUGGCAAUCAGAUUGAACCAAUUGACUGGCAACAGAUGUAUUGGGGAACGCAUCUUCAAAAGUGCUUAGAUGAAGUGGCAGAGAUAGCUUCGCUUCCCUCAUUUGAUGGGCGCCUUGGUGAAAUCGGGAUUUCAGACUCUGUAUUGAAAUUGAUAGGCUUUGAGGGUUGCAUGGAUACGUCAACUUGUGAUUAUUCCAAACUUUAUCACCAUUGCCAACAAUUUGGUUAUUAUGCCAGAUGCCUGAGACUUCAAAAUGUUCUUUGUAGUGCAGAAAUUUCUCAUUUAUUGAGGAACAGCCUAUUGCAGAGCUUGGAACUAAGGUGGAUCAGAUCCAAGGAGCAUAUUGAUGGACUAUGCAAACUUCUGAACCAGAACAGUGAAAGUUUAACAUCACUUGAGUUCAUUCACUGCAAGCUUUCUUCAGAUUCUAUCAAUGCAAUUUGUAGUUCCCUGCCCACAAAGAAUGUGCAAACACAUGGGAUAAAAAACUUCUCAAUCAACACAUCAAACUUUCUUGAAACAAACCCUGUUUCCUUACCUCUCGGACUUGUGUCAUUUUUGACAUCAGGAAGGUCCUUAUAUUCUUUAAAACUCUCUGAGAACCACCUUGGCCGCAAUUUUGCAAAAUUGGUUUUUGGUACUCUUCUCAAUGCUUCGUCUAGUCUAUCCAUCCUUGAUCUUUCAGAUAACAAUAUAUCAGGCUGGCUUUCUGAACUCUAUUGGAGAUCACCAAGUGGGCCCCCAACACCUUUGGGAAUUGGAAAGUCCUUCCAAUCAUUACGAGUGCUCAAUUUAAGGGGAAAUAAUCUAAACAAAGAUGAUGCAGAUGGUCUUAGAUACGCUCUCGUUCAUAUACCUAAUUUGGAGGUCCUAGAUAUGAGUGAUAAUCCUAUUGAGGAUGAUGGAAUCAGGAGUUUAAUUCCAUAUUUUGUCGAAGCUUCCAAAAAAUGCUUUCCCUUUGCUGAUUUAAUGUUAGAGAACUGUGAGCUUUCCUGUCAUGGAGUGACUUACCUCAUAGACACCCUCUCAACCCUAGAGAGACCAUUGAAGUCUCUAUCUGUUGCUGAUAAUGACCUUGGCAGCCAAGUAGCAGCAGCUUUGGGAAAACUUUUGUCCACAUCAAUUCAAAUACUCAAUGUUGAAGGUAUUGGAUUGGGUUCAUCUGGUUUUCAGGAACUACAAGAUGGCAUAACUAAGGAAUUGAAGCUAGUCAAGGUGAACAUAAGCAAAAAUCGUGGAGGAAUUGGAACUGCAAACUUUUUGUCAAAGCUCAUAUCAAUGGCUCCAGAACUCGUUACAGUCGAUGCUGCAUAUAAUCUUAUGCCUUUAAAAUCCUUGACCACCAUAUGCUCGGCCCUUAAAGCUGCUAAAGGAAAUAUUGAGCGUCUGGACUUAAGGGGAAAUAUUUGGGAUUAUCAACCAGGUUAUGCUUCUAUGCAUGCCGACAUACAAUGUAAUGGAAGGCCCGUUUUGAUUCUUUCGUCGUCACCAACUCCAGAUGCACCCUAUGACGAUGAUCCGUAA